AUGGCGAAAGGUAACUUUGAUGACGAUAAUGUCCUGGACCUGGCAACACUCGAGAGCGGGCACAGUUACUGGCUAGUGGAAACCCCUCACGACCCAGCUCCCAGCUCACAGCUGUGUCUACCACCAGCACCAGCUCCAGCUCGAACCCCAGCCCCGGCCGGCGGGGUAGCAAGAACGCUGCGCUGGGACUCGAUUGGAUUGGAUGAAUUCCUCGCUGGUUUAACCUCGCGUCACCACCUGACAACCCUCGACCCAGAUAUCGUCCACCAAAGUGAAGGGCACAGCACACCAGAAGGCGCAGGCGUAAGGCGCAGACACGAUAGCAUCAACUCUGAUGCCCUCGCUAUCUAUGUAAUGCGGUUGCCCAUGGCCUUGAUUAACGCUCGGGCGCUCAUCUCUCCCUAG